AUGGAAAAAACCAGCAGCUCCUCCAUGGCCUCCCCAGUCCGCUCACCGCCACCGGAGCCGGCCGCGGAGGCACAACCACCUCCUCCUUCUUCGCCCCCAUCACAGCUUCCGGCUACCGACCCCUUUCGCCUCUCGCCGGAUAACCCAACCCCAGCUCCUCCCCUUCCUGCUGCACCAACAAUUACUGCUCCGCCGCCGGAUGGCGCCGGCGAUUCCUCUCCACCAUGUCCUCCCUCGCCUCCAAAGGCUCCAACGCAUCCACCUCUUUCCACCGCCGAUCCUUCUGCUCCCCUCCCUCGUGGGAACCAAACAUCCGCGCCGCGGCGGACACCCCCGCCUCCUCCCGCUCGCGCUCCCGCUCCAGCAGCACCACCUCCACCAGCACCGGCGUCUCCGGAAGCUAAGCCGGUGCAGGAGGCAGAUGAAGCGCCCGGCGGAUCGGAGAACAUGGCGCUAGCCCUUGCGCUAACCCAAAACGAAGCAGUGAUGCCGCCGACGCCGCAGAAGGACGCGGUCAUGGCUGAAUCCCCGACCGGAUCUCCGCAGAAGGAGUCGGCCCUGACCGUAGCGAAGCUCCUCUCGGCCGAGGACCCCGCGGCAACGGAGGCCAAGCCGGCCGCCGACAAGGUAGCACCUGCGGUAGUCACCGAGUCAGUCGCCGGCGGCGGCGGGGGCGGAGGUGGAGGCGGAGGCAAAGUCGGAGUGGGCUCCAAGAGAUGGCUCCUUAGAGGGGUCCCAGAUAGAGUACGGCUCACGGAGCUGAAGAGGGCUGAGCUAGGGUUUAGGGUUUCAGCUGCCGUGUUCUGCUUGAUCUCGGUCUCCGUCAUGUCGUCUGGCACUACGCCGGGCUGGGCUGGUGACUCCUUCCGCCGCUACAACGAAUACAGGUACACGCUUGCUGCGAGCGUGAUGGCUUUUACAUACUCGGGGUUCCAAUUAGUUGCAGAAGUGCACUACCUUGUCACAGGGAGGCGCAUAAUUGGAGGCCCCUGGGGGAACUACUUCAAUCUCGCCAUGGAUCAGGUAUUGGCUUACCUGCUGCUGUCAGCAUCUUCAGCAGCGCUUUCUCGCAAUGAUGUGUGGGUGUCAAGAUUUGGCGUGGAUCAAUUUGCCAAACUUAUCAAUGCCUCAGGCUCAAUGGCGUUCUUAGCUUUCAUUGCUCUUGGUCUGAGCUCCAUCAUCUCUGCUCAUCGUGUAUUCAGCUCAAUCCCUUAA